GCGUCUACUCAUUUCAAACGGCUAAAGCAUUCUGAACAAAUCAAAACUCUAACCGCGUUGUUCAGAGACUUUGGCAGCCCGCGUGCUACUGUUGCUUUCUUAUUAUUUGUUUUGGCUAACUGUAAGUAGAUUUGUAAGUGUAGCGGUGGACUCUAGCAGGCUGCCUACACCUUCUUCCACAGUGUGACGUGUGAAGCGGUUAGCUUGAGGCUAACUCGGUCAGAGGAGAAGACGUGAGCAGCUCGACCUGGGGUCCUGCUCAGAAGAUGGACAGUGAAAUCCAAAGAGAUGGGAGAGUCCUUGACCUCACUGAUGAUGCCUGGAGGGAAGAUAAGCUGCCAUAUGAAGAUGUCACCAUCCCACUGAGUGAGCUGCCUGAGGCUGAGCAGGACAAUGGUGGAUCCACAGAGUCUGUAAAAGAACAAGAGAUGAAGUGGACAGACCUCGCCCUGCAGAGCCUUCAUGAAAACACACCGAGCACUGGAAGUUGAAAAACUUAUAACGCAAGUUGCAGCCACUUCCAAACAACUCUACACUUCAUCUCACAACUACUAAGACUGUAUUACAACAGGACAAUAAGGCCUACAAAAUCAAUUGCUAUUCACCUAUACUAUACCUAAAUGUGGAUUGUUUUGACCUCGUUCCCUGCCUUCUUCUCUUGAGGCACUACAUCUAACCAUAUUAUUCUGAACACUCGAAGGAAAAUGUCAUGACAUGCAUAACUUUGCUUUGAAAAUUACAUAUUAUCUCUUCCUGUGGCUGUCAGAUCUAUGCUUAGAUGGCUGUUGGUGUAACUGAAGCAACAGUCUCUUGGCUCCAGGCCUCUCUGGAAACCUCUCUGAGAGGUUGCAAUGAGAAAAUAAUAUCCUGGCUGCAGCUCCCAUCAUCAUUGUGUC